AGGAAGGCUGUUUCCAUGGCGGCCUGUGGAGGCAAAUUCCUCCAGGGUGAAGUGGGAGAUAUUUAUACCCAGGGUCAGGCGAGAGCGGGCCGGCUGCCGAGGGCAAGCGCGCGGGGCUGCUCGGACGCAGGGAGGCCGAGGCUGUGGCGUGUGGGCAGGAUAAUGGCAUCGCUUGGCCACAUCUUGGUUCUCUGUGUGGGUCUCACUGUGGUCAGUGCAGAAGCUCCCCCGGAACACGACCCAUUCACAUAUGACUACCAAUCGCUGAGAAUCGGGGGCCUCACUAUCGCCGGGAUCCUCUUUACCUUGGGCAUCUUCAUCAUCCUGAGCCGGAGGUGCCGGUGCAAAUUCAACCAGCAGCAGAGGACCGGGGAGCCUGAUGAGGAAGAGGGAACUUUCCGCAGCUCCAUCCGUCGCCUGUCGAGUCGCCGGCGAUAGAAGCACCUGGGAGCGCUGGAGCCGGCCGGGGGCUGCGGCCGCACUGGCUGGGGGCGCAGGUGCCGGGCUGGGGGGCUCUCCCGCUCCUCGGCCCCCGUCUCCUGCGCGGAGGAUUCGCCAGCACCUGACGCUGCCCACCCACGCCCCGCGCCCACCCGCACCCCCGCCGCCUCCUGCCCGUCUCCUGCCCCCGGACUCCCAAUAAAAUGAGCUCUUCUCUCUUGA